UCCGGCAGCCGGGUUUGCGUGUUGCUGCUGGUCUCACACGAUACACCCGAAUCAUACAAACAGUGUGUGAUUAAACUUAUCUAACACAUCUGUCGGGUAAAUGGAGAGGGUGAGGAAACAUCGCAUGUGUAAAUGAGAGGAUUAAGAGCGCUGAAUUAGAGAAAACGGCUGCGUGUCUGUUAUUUAACAGUGCAUGACACAUUGAGUCCAACUGAAAGCACCAAUCACUCUUCAGAUCAGAGCUGAACAUCACAAGAUGGCGCAGGCCGUCGCCAACGUCGCCAGGAGGAUAAAUGAGACCAUGGAGGAAGACAGAGACUUUUUAGAUCUGUCGGACUGCGGCUUGAUCAGUUUUCCUGAUGGUGUCUUCAAAAUGCUCCGCAGUUGCACAGAUAACAUUCACAAAAUCUCUCUGGCCAACAACCAGCUCAAAGCUUUAAGCAGCAAGUUUUUCCUCACGUUCUCACAGUUACGAGAUUUGGACCUGCAGGGUAACGUCCUGACUACACUGCCACAGGCGGUCAGCGGUAUGGAGCAUUUGAUCAGCAUCAACCUUUCCAAUAACCAACUGACGGUUUUCCCCGAGCACCUCACCGAUGUCAAGAGUCUUCAGUACAUCAGCGUGGAGGGAAACCAGAUCACAGAACUGCCCAUGGAGAAACUUUCAUCCAUGUCAUCCCUGAAGAGUUUGGACGUGAGGUGUAAUCCAUUGACAACAGACACCGAGUCUUCAUCACAUCAGUUUACACUCCUGACCUGAGAACAGAUAUAUGAGGACUUCAUCUCUCUCUGAUGCUGUUGUUUUAUGUUCAUACACUGAACUGCAUGCUGUGCUUCAGAAGUUUUCAAUAAAGUAUUUAUUGAACAUGA